AUGAAUUCGCGCUCUUCAAGUCCUCCAAUCAAACGCUUGAAACUCGAAUCACUCUCUCCAGGGCUCCAAGGGACGAUAGAGCAGCAGAACCAGGAGCUGAAUGAAGAUAUACUUCUCCCCGACGAGUUGAAUGAAGAUCACUGCGCAAUAUGUCUCCAAGAAGUUGUGGAUAGAACCAUGAUUCCAAUUUGCAGUCACGAUUUGUUCUGCUUUGACUGUCUGAUGAUUUGGACCGAGCAAUCUCGCAGAUGUCCUCUAUGCUCCCAGAAAAUUGGCGACCAUCUCAUCCAUAAUUAUAGGUCGCGUUACGAUUAUCAGAAGCAUUAUUUACCCCCUCUACGAACGAAUUCCCCCAAACCUCUUGCACCAAUGGCAAAUAGACCUGUGGCAUCCGGGCGUUACGAGCGUAGGCGACGGAUACCAAGAGAAAUCCGUGAAAGGAGUCGACGAGAAAGGGAUGAACGAGAUGAAGCUGACAGGUUUGAACGUGCACUGGCUAAAAGGAAAUGGAUUUAUAGGCACGAUCUGUAUGCCAAGCAUGUUGCCUCCAAUUCGUACACUCGCUUCCGGCCGUUCCCAACUCCCGCACAAUUUGCUGCUUCCCCAGAUUUGAUCUCUCGCACAACUUCUUUCUUACGCCGAGAGUUACUCGUUUGGAUGGAUCUUGAUGUCGAGUUCUUGACAACGUUCAUCAUAUCGCUCAUGAAAGCUAUAGAUAUUAGAUCUGAAUCUGCGGUGAAACUGCUCGCCGAAUUUCUCGAUAUGGAUGCCCCCUACGUUGAAGGUGGGAGACAUGUUAAUGCAGAACACUUUGCUCACGAGGUGUAUAGCUACGUCAGAUCACCGUACAAAGAUCUCUUUGUGUACGAUACGGUUGUCCAGGUAAUUUGA